GUUGCUUAGAAGAAUUGGAAAGUAACCAACUAAUUAAUUAUGAACAUGAAGAAGCCAAUAAUCGUUUUUGUUCCCUAUCCCGCACAAGGACAUGUUAGUCCCAUGCAAAAUCUAGCUUCUGUCUUUGUAAGCCAAGGAUUUGAAGCCGUGAUAGUCCUCCCUCAACAUGUUCAUAAGAAGAUUAAUAAUAAUGAUGAUGAUGAUGAUGAUAGGAUCAUCAAGUGGGUUGCUUUGGCAGAUGGGAUGGAAGAGGACAGUACAACACCAGAUUUCUUUGCCAUUGAAUCAUCCAUGGAGAGUAUAAUGCCAAACCAUUUUGAAGAGUUUCUUCAAAAUCAAAAUCAAAAUCUUGAUGAUGUAUGUUUGGUUGUGGUUGACUUGUUGGCAUCUUGGGCCAUACAAGUGGCAAGCAAGUUUGGUAUCCCUACUGCUGGGUUUUGGCCAGCCAUGCUUGCAUCAUAUCUUUUGAUUGCAUCCAUACCUCAGAUGCUUCGGACUGGACUCAUCUCUGAUACAGGACUUCCCCAACAUGAAGGGAAAAUUACCUUUGUACCUGCAUUGCCUGUAGUUUCAACAGAGGAUUUACCAUGGCUUAUUGGAACAAUUGGUGCAAGGAAAGCAAGAUUUAAGUUUUGGAUGAGAACAUUGGAAAGAUCAAGAAACCUUAAAUGGAUUUUGGUGAAUUCCUUUCCAAAUGAAACCAAAGUUAGUAUUAGUAAUUCACAUUCACAAAGUGUGUUGCCAAUAGGACCUAUUUGUAGUAGGCCUAAUGAUUUCACUAAAACUCUCAGCUUUUGGGAACAAGAUUUGAGCUGCUUGAAAUGGCUAUCAAACCAAAAGACUAACUCAGUUGUUUAUGUCUCAUUUGGAAGUUGGGUCAAUCCAAUUGGUGAAUCAAAUUUGAAGAAUCUAGCAUUGGCUCUUGAGGCUACAAUGAGACCUUUCAUUUGGGUUUUGAGGUCUUCUUGGCGUCAAGGGUUACCAAUUGGGUUUUUGGAGAGGAUUUUCAAGCAAGGGAAAGGAUUGGUUGUUUCUUGGGCCCCACAAAAAGAGAUUUUGGAACACAAUUCUGUAGGUUGUUUUAUCACUCAUUGUGGUUGGAAUUCUACAUUGGAAGCUUUACAAUUCCAAAAGAAAUUGUUGUGUUACCCUGUGGCUGGAGAUCAGUUUGUGAAUUGUGCCUAUAUUGUUGAGGUAUGGAGAGUUGGUUUGAGACUCAAUGGGUUUGGUGAAAGGGAUGUUGAAGAAGGACUUGCAAAGGUGAUAGAAGAUAAGGAAAUAGGUAGAAGGUUAAUGACAUUAUAUGAAAGAAUAAUGGGAAUACAAGGUGAUAAUAAGAGUGGUCCUUUCCUUUUGAAAUCCUUUGUGGAACAGCUAGCUCAAGAAAACAUCUACCAUUCAUCAAAAUUUUAGUUAAAAUCUUCAUUGGUGAUAUUGUUCCACCAUCAAUAAUUACAUUGUAUUGUAUGAUACUUGAGAUCAUCAAAUUAAAUUAUACGGAGUCCAAACAGAA